UUUCUGUGUAAACCUUUUCUUACCCUCUGUCCCCUCUAACUCCUUUAGGAAUCAUUUGAGACAAAGUCAGAAAAAGAGAGGACAGAAUUUGGGAACAGUAUCAUCCAGAUGUUCUUCAGCCGGCAGUCUGACCAGUUCGUGUCCAUCAUGGAGAGAUAUGAACAAAGCUGCAGAAACUAUCUGAAGCUAGCUCCCUAUGAAGACGUCUUUUCUGACUGUAAAGAAGAACUACAUGAAUACCUGAGCAAAGAGCCCUUCAUCCAGUACAUGGACAGCAUGUAUUUUGACCGUUUUCUACAGUGGAAGAUGCUGGAAAGACAGCCCAUCUCCAAACAGAAUUUCAGACAGUACAGGCUGCUGGGGAAAGGAGGCUUUGGAGAAGUGUGGGCUUGCCAGGUGCGGGCCACAGGAAUGAUGUAUGCCUGCAAAAAGCUGGAGAAGACCAAUGUGAAAAAAUGGCGAGGAGAAAGCAUGGCGCUGAACGAAAAGGAGAUUCUGGAGGAGCUGGACAGUCGUUUUGUGGUAAAUCUUGUGUAUACGUAUGAGACCAAACAUUCACUCUGUAUGGUUCUGACGAUGAUGAGUGGUGGAGAUCUGAAGUUCCACAUACACAAGCUGCAAAAGGGCGGGUUAGACUUAAACAGAGUGCGUUUCUAUGCUGCAGAAGUUUGCUGCGGUUUGAUUCAUCUCCACCAGAAGUCAAUAGUCUACAGAGAUCUAAAACCUGAAAACAUUCUCCUGGAUGACAAUGGACACAUCCGCAUCUCUGACUUGGGUUUGGCUGUAAGGCUGUCUGAGGGGAAACUUGUGCGAGGUCGGGUCGGCACUUUUUUUUACAUGGCCCCUGAAGUGAUCGGCCAAAAGAAAUACGGAAUGAGUGCGGACUGGUGGGGCCUGGGCUGCCUGAUCUAUGAGAUGAUUGCAGGUCAUUCUCCAUUCAGGGCCAAAGGGGAGCAUCCUCAAGCUUCAGAACUGGAGAGAAGAAUCCAAGAAGUUGAGGAGGACUACAAUCAGAAGUUCAGUGUGGACGCAAAAGACCUCUGCAGGAAGCUGUUGACCAAAGAACCGACACAACGGCUGGGUUGCCUGCGUUCAGGAUGGAAAGAAGUGAAGUCUCAUCCAUUUUUUAAACAAAUCAACUUCCGGAUGCUGGAAGCAGGACUGGUUGAACCGCCAUUUAAACCUGAUCACAGACUUGUAUACUGCAACGAUGUGCAGGACAUUGAGGAGUUUUCUCCAGUGAGGGGAGUCGUCCUAAAUCAGACAGAUAGCGAGUUCUACGCCAAGUUCAACACAGGAGUUAAUCCCAUACCCUGGCAAAAUGAGCUUAUAGAGACAGGGUGUUUUGAAGAGCUAAAUAUUUUUGGUGCUAUGGGAACUCGAACUCCAGAUUUGGAACAGCUCCAGGUUACAAACAGCCCCAAACGCCGUCUCCUGCGUGGAAUUUUCCGCAGACGGCCACCCUCAGGUUCUGAUGAAAACAGCUAUAAUCUGAUACCCAAUGAGGGCUAGAUGAAGUCAUCAGCUCUGCUCUCCAAGAACAAUCCUGAAACUGGAGCAUCCAAUGCAGCAGCAAAUUCUUCCCUUUAAAAAAUCGGACACUUUUUUUGUGUGUUUGUAUUUGUGCUAUCAUUUCCCUCGCAGCUACAUUACAGCAGCACUUGUUUGUUUAUUGUCCAUACCACAUUGUUUUGAAGAACAAAUGAAAUGGCUGAAGUUUUAAUAAACUGUUUGUUUUGUUUUUUUUUUUACUCUGGGGCUUGUCAAUCACUAAUGUUCACACUGACAUAAAAAAGGAUCCUAAAACGUCUUCAUUCCUGGAAGAAAACUCUAAACUAACUUUGUAAAGUUUUAUCUUAACCCUCUAUGGUAUGACUUUUUAUUUUAGGAAAAAAAAAUAUUUGACCCUUGUUUUUAGGAACUUUGUGGUCCCUAUUAAUAUACUGAUCAUACAAUGUGACCCCCCCCCC